AGCAGAGAACAGCAUUUAUAUGAUGGAGGAAUUCAAGAAAGCCACUUCGAUUCUCAUCAAUGGCAAAAGAUAUCCAGUGCCAGAUAACCUGCCAGCUAACACCAGCCUGAACGAGUUCAUCAGAACACACGCCCACUUGAAGGGCACCAAAAACACUUGCCAGGAAGGAGGCUGUGGAGCCUGCAUCGUAGCAGUGAAGUCUGUUCAUCCUACCACCAGAGAACAGCUCGAGUAUGGAGUCAAUUCUUGCCUGCUCCCAGUGUUUGCUUGUGCCGAUUGGGAGAUCAUCACUGUGGAAGGUGUAGGCAACCGCACAACUGGCUACCAUGACGUUCAGGCCCGUCUGGCCAAGGGGAACGGCACACAGUGUGGGUACUGCAGCGUAGGGAUGGUCAUGAAUAUGUACAGUUUACUGAAGAGUAAACCCGAACUCACAAUGGAGGAGAUUGAGAACUCUUUUGGGGGCAACCUUUGUCGCUGCACAGGAUACAGGCCCAUCCUCGACUCCUUCAAGUCAUUCGCCAAAGAUGCUCCUAAGAGUUUACUUGACAAAUGUGCAGAUAUAGAGGAUUUGAUUACGAUCUGCCCGGUGAAGAAGAAGCUGUGUGUGAGGAAUGGGGCAUGCAACACGGAGAACUGUGAUGGAAAAGAGGAAGCGGCCGAUGUGGGAAGAAAGGGGCCGAGGUUUAUCCCCUUGCAGGACGGCAGUUGCUGGUACCACCCUGGAGAGAAGAAGGAGGUCUUUGCAAUCCUGCAGAAUUGCUCUGAUACCAACUACAUGUUCGUGGGAGGCAACACUGCUCAUGGUGUGUAUCGCGUCACCUCAAAAAUAAAACAUUACAUCAACUUGAAUGGCGUGACAGAGUUGCACUCAAUUGAGAAUUCAGGAGGUACCAUUACACUAGGAGCUUCCACCAGUCUCACAGCUGCUAUGGAGCAUUUCUACAAAACGAGUGAGCUGCAGCCCCAGAAGUUUGGAUACCUGAAGGAGUUGGCCGACCACAUUGAUCUCAUUGCUAACGUUCCAGUCCGAAACACUGGAACUCUGGCAGGAAAUCUGGCCAUCAAGAAUCAGCACAAAGAAUUUCCUUCAGACUUGUUUUUGAUCCUGGAGACUGUGGGAGCUCAAAUUGUGGUUGAGGAUGUGUCUCACAAAGAGACAAUCUUGUCUCCGUCUGACUUCGUGAACUUUGAUAUGACCAAGAAAUUAAUGACGAAAAUCAUAAUGCCUCAAAUUGACAGUGAGCAGUAUGUUUGCAAAACCUUCAAGAUAAUGCCCAGAGCACAGAACGCUCACGCUUACGUCAAUGCUGGUUUUCUAUUCAAAGUGGACAAAAAAGAUAAUUUCAAGGUCCUGGAGAAACCAAACAUUGUGUUUGGUGGUAUCACUCCAGAAUUUGUCCAUGCUUCCGCUGCUGAAUCCGAAACAGUCGGAAAGCAUCUGUUGAAUCCUGCCACUCUCGAGAACAUCCUGGGGAAGUUGAAGUCAGAACUGAGAGCUGACCAAGUGAAAUGUCAGUUGUAUGUUUCCAGGUCCAUGCUUCCGCUGCUGAAUCCGAAACAGUCGGAAAGCAUCUGUGUCCAUGCUUCCGCUGCUGAAUCCGAAACAGUCGGAAAGCAUCUGUUGAAUCCUGCCACUCUCGAGAACAUCCUGGGGAAGUUGAAGUCAGAACUGAGAGCUGACCAAGUGAAAUUUGUAUGUUUCCAGGUCCAUGCUUCCGCUGCUGAAUCCGAAACAGUCGGAAAGCAUCUGUUGAAUCCUGCCACUCUCGAGAACAUCCUGGGGAAGUUGAAGUCAGAACUGAGAGCUGACCAAAUGAAGCCGGAUGCUACUGCCAAGUACCGUGAGGGUCUCGCUCAUUCGCUCUUCUAUAAGUUUGUGUUGGGGCUGUCGCCCGAAACUGUGAAGGAGGAACUGCGCAGCGGUGGAGAGAUCCUCAAACGACCAGUGUCGUCCGGUCACCAGGAGAUCACUACAGACAAGUCCUUAUGGCCUGUGAGCAAGCCCAUACCCAAGAUAGAAGCCCUGGCUCAGUGCUCAGGAGAGGCGGAGUACACAAAUGACAUUGAGAACCUACCGAACCAGGUUUAUGGUGCAUUCAUUGUCGCAACACAGGGUCCUGCCGAGUCCUUUACGCUGGAUGCCUCCGAGGCUUUGAAACUUCCAGGAGUGGUAGCUCUUCACACUGCUAAGGACAUACCAGGAAAGAACUCCUACCUUUUCCCCUCGCCUGCAGUAGGAGGUGUUGUGGAUGAACCUCUUUACGCAGACAAGGAGAUAUCGUGCGCAGGCACCCCGCUGGGCGCCAUAUUCGCUGAGACGCACGCAUUGGCACACCACGCAGCAUCCCUGGUCAAGGUCACAUACCACGGAGUUAAAGAAGCACAGACAGACGUAAGGAAAAUCGUCGAGUCUGGCGAUCAGUCGAGGUUUCACCUGGCAGCCGAGAAGAAGGCGGAUGCAACUAAUACGAACGUGAAGCACACCAUCGAGGGCUCUCAUUGGUUCCCCUCUCAGUAUCACUUCACCAUGGAGACGCAGACAUGUUACAGCGUGCCCUCGGAGGACGGGUUGGACGUCUACCCUGCGUCCCAGGCUCCCAGCAACAUCCAAGACGCCAUAGCGUACGCCUUGGACAUUCCCCACAACAGCAUCAACGUGUCAGUGCGGCGUAUUGGCGGUGGCUACGGCGGAAAGCUGCUCAAGUCUGGGAUCACAGCCGUGUCAAGUGCGGUGGCAGCACAUCUUCUGCAGCGGCCUGUCCGUGUCAUCAUGACACUUGAGGAGAAUAUGGAGAUCGUGGGCAAGCGUGCUGGUGUCCUCUUUAAGUACAAGGCUGGGGUGGAUGAAAACGGGGUGAUUCAGAAUCUGCACGUGGACUACUACCAAGACGAUGGAGUGUCGCAGAAUGACAGCGUUGCUCCUUAUACCCAGUACUUCAUGACAAGCGGCAUCUACGACCCUGCCACUUGGAGUAUCAACUGCUACGGUGUCAAGACAGACAUUCCCAGUCACACUUGGUGUAGAGCCCCAGGUAGCAUCCCCAGUAGUAAUGUAGACCAAACUAUUGCUCCUUAUACCCAGUACUUCAUGACAAGCGGCAUCUACGACCCUGCCACUUGGAGUAUCAACUGCUACAGUGUCAAGACAGACAUUCCCAGUCACACCUGGUGUAGAGCCCCUGGUUCAACUGAGGGGAUCUCCAUCAUUGAGACCAUCAUGGAACACAUUGCUCGUGUCGUGAAGAAAGAUCCAAUUGAAGUCAAGAUGGCCAACAGGCGACAAGAGGACUCUCCGAUACCUUCCAUGAUUGAAGACUUCAAGAAAACCAGUGAUUUUGACAAGAGAGUCAAGGCUAUUGAAAAGUUCAACAAAACAAACCGGUGGAGGAAACGGGGAAUCUCUCUGGUGCCCAUGGCGUACCCCUUCUCCUACUUCGGCAACUACCACUCCAUGGUGUCCGUGUUCGGUGACGAUGGCUCGGUGGCAGUGAGUCACGGUUGUGUCGAGAUGGGCCAAGGCCUCAAUACAAAGGUAGCCCAAGUAUGUGCUCACGUGCUGGGUGUCGACGUGCAGAGUGUCAGUAUCAAGCCCUACUACUCCCUCAUAUCCCCCAACGUCUGUCCUACUGGGGGCAGUGGUGGAAGUGAAUCCGCUGUUUAUGCUACGAAAAUUGCAUGUGAAGAAAUCAUGAGAAGACUGGCCCCUCUGAAGAAGGAAAAUCCAAAAGCCUCAUGGAAAGAACUUAUUACCUUAGCUAAAGCUCAGAAGAUCAACUUGAAUUCUUCUUACAUGUUUACACCCAGUUAUGACGGAAAGAGCUAUACAAUCUACGGGGUUACCGCUGUUGAGGUGGAGGUGGAUAUUUUGACUGGUCAGCAUUUGGUAAGCUUAAGUACAUAAUAUUAUUAGUGUUGC